AUGCACGCUGCGCGCUACAUGACCUACGUUGCCUGGGAAGCAAAGAACCAAAGGGAUCCACAGGACACCACGUUCCUUGCUAGUUCAGCGUUUGCCAUUGCUGGACCGGUGAUCAAGAGCGCCUCGAUGGCACCGCCGAACGAGAAGCCACUGACCGAACAGGCUCUGUUGAGCGUGCUUCUCGACCUUGGCACAAGGACCGGAUUCAAACAAGCGCCAGACGGCUUACGACCUCAAGUGAUACCUCUUACGGGUCAACAGUGUCCUCGGCUGUGCAUUCGGGGUAUGCUCGAUUCGCACACUUACCCCUGUCUCGACCUUUUCGAGCUCCGCCCAACCUUGGUGGACAUUCUGUCGUCUAGCUCCGAUUCCGCAUUCAACCCUGUCAGCUUCAUGAAUAAUCUCCUGUCGCAUGGGUAG